CGUCGUUACUUGAACGCAUUACAGAGCUAUCCAUAAUAAAUUCACACACAUUGUGGCCGAGCAAAGCAAUUUUACCUUCGAAUCUCCCAAAAGAAUCACACGUCACUUCCAUUCUCUCAAUUCGCGAUCAGCCCAUCUCAGAUCUCAACUAUGAAAGCCGUUAUUCUCAAAGCACCUGGCUCGGCCGGGAACAUGAUCUAUGACCAGGACGCUCCCAAACCAGAGCUUUCGGAAGGGGAGGUUCUCGUAAAGAACCACUUUAUCGGUGUCAAUUACGUCGAUGUUUACUUGAGAACGGGUUUCUACCCAUCACCUUCCGGCUAUCCACUUAUUAUUGGAAAUGAAGCCGCGGGAGAGAUUGCGGAAAUCUGUGGUGAUAACCCAGCCGGCCUGAAGAUUGGAGACAAGGUGGUGUGGAUCGGGCAGGGAGGGUACGCAGAGUAUACCGCCAUGCCUGCGCAUUUGGCUAUCAAGAUUCCGGACGGAGUCUCGUCGCAAGAAGCCGUUGGUGGUUUCCUCGCUGGCAUGACAGCAUUGAGUCUUUUAGAGGAGGCCUAUCCCGUCAAAAGCGGACAGACUGUCUUGAUCCAUGCUGCUGCGGGCGGCCUCGGUUCAAUCAUGUGCCAGAUUCUCCGCAAUAUCGGGGCCAUCACAAUCGCCACAGCCGGAGGCCCAGAUAAGUGCCGCUUGGCCUUGGAGAAUGGAGCCAACCACGUUGUUGACUAUACAUCCACCUCAGGUCCAUCCUGGGUUGACCAAGUCGAGGACCUCACAGACGGGAGCGGAGUCGACGUGGUCUAUGACCUUGUGGGCCAGAACACUUGGGAGGGAAGCCUCGAGGCGGUCAAGCGAAAGGGCAAGGUUGUUUUUGUUGGAUCCGCAAGCGGCCCAGUCCCGCCAAUUGAUCCAAACAUGUUGACGCCAAAGAAUAUCUCCAUCAUGAAGCCGACGCUCGGGGCAUUUAUCACAACGCCAGAGGAGAUGCGACAUUAUGCUAUGGGCAUCUUGGGUAUGAUCCGCCAAGGAACGGUGAAGAUCAACAUUACCAAGAUAUAUGAUCUUUCAGAGGUCAAGAGAGCCCAUUGUGACCUCGAGGGCCGACGAACGACUGGGAAGAUCUUGAUGAAGCUGUAGAUCAAGAGCUGUGAGCUCAGCUUGCGCAGGAGAACAUGCGUCUCUGAUGGGCACAGGAAAAUGCAUACAUCCCCACAAUCCGAUUG